GCUACAACGUGCAACUGGUAUUGUGCUGUGAGGUGAUUACAGCCACCCAUGGGUGGGACUUUCACAUCUAAAGGCGGGGUGACGUUUUCCACAUAAAUACUCGCAGUGCGUUGAGGCGCUAAAUGAGCCAGUGAGAGACUCCUUAUACCAGCUUAGGGAUGUGCGCAGAAUUUUCUUCAGACCUAAACUAUGAGGAUAAGUCCUGUAAGAUAUUGUUGCAUUUUGCGCCUCUGGAAAUGGAAACCUGAGCGUGCAAGAAAAUGACUCAAGAAGAAAAGUCAAGUUUGAGGAGGUUUCUCUUUCAAGCGACGAGUCAAAUGAACGAGAAAGUUGACCUCGAAGAAAGCUGCAUCAAUUCAGCAGGAGAUGCGCAUCACGCCACCAGAUAGUGGCACACAGGAGCGCACAGACACCAGCACUCCUUUCUUCAACAUGGAUGGCUAUUACAAUUGGACACCGAUAUCUGAGAAUGUCAACAUGUCUUCCUCCCAGCCCUACCCCACCAACCUCACCUACAACAAUAUGUCAGAGGUGGCCGCACCAAUGCCGUUCAGUGUGGUCACCGCAGUCGUUUACACCAUUGUCUUCAUUGUGGGUCUUCUGGGCAACACACUGGUCAUCUAUGUGGUGGUUCGCUACACCAAGAUGAAGACUGUAACCAACAUGUACAUUCUCAAUUUAGCCUUGGCGGAUGAACUUUACAUCCUGGGAAUUCCCUUUCUUGGCACCAAUAGUGUGCUUUCCUACUGGCCGUAUGGAGAUUUCUUUUGCAAGGUUUGCAUGACUGCUGAUGCCAUGAGCCAGUUCUCCUCCACCUUUUGCCUGACAGUGAUGAGCAUCGAUCGCUACCUGGCUGUGGUUCAUCCUAUUCGCAGUGCCAAAUGGCGAAGGCCACAGGCAGCCAAGGUUUUUAAUGGCAUGGUGUGGGUUGUGUCCUUACUGAUUGUGCUGCCGGUAACGAUCUACUCACGUGUACAAGAGGACUUCAACACCUGCAACAUAACCUGGCCUGCACCGCGUGAAUUGUGGUCCAUUGUCUUCAUACUCUACACAUCCAUCCUGGGCUUCUUUGGUCCUCUGGUUGUCAUCUGCCUCUGCUACCUACUCAUUGUCAUUAAGGUGAGGUCAGCAAGUAUGCGUGUAGGCCUGACAAAGCGGCGUAAGUCGGAGCGUAAGGUGACACGCAUGGUGGUGAUCAUCGUGUUGGUCUUUGUACUUUGUUGGCUGCCCUUCUUCAUUACCAACAUUGUCAACCUGAUUCACAUCAUCCCUGAGAACAACACCACCGCUGACGUCUACUUCUUCCUGGUCAUCCUCACCUACGUCAACUCUUGCGCCAACCCAAUCCUCUAUGGCUUCCUCUCUGACAACUUCAAGCAGAGCUUCCAGAAGGUGCUCUGCUUCCACAAACCAAAUGAUUAUGGCACCACAGGCCGGGUCGGAGGGGGACGGAGUGCAUCCCAGGAAAACCACAAUCCUGUUUCACCCAGAAAUCCCACACAGAAUGGGAAAAUACAGUGCAUUCAGCAGCCUGUCAUGAUGGAGGUGAUUGGGGACCUUGACAGUGAUCCACUAACUUCAAAAGCAGAGGUGAAUGGCCAGUCAGCGCUAUGAGUUUUUAAGAUGACCCGCCUUGUGCUACUGCAUUACUAGUGCGUGGGACUUGGACAAUUUACUCCAGGACCUUUUAUUGAUUGUUUUUUCCUGACUUUAUUGAUAAUCCUCCUUCUCUGACUGGAGAAUUUGUCGAGAGGAGCAAAGUAGGAGAGAAAACCAUUCAUCACGGAUCCCCACAAUUUUGUUUGUUCUUCAUGUCUUUAUACUAUACAUAUGUUGGCUGCAUUGUAAAGAUGGAAACAUCUCAGUACAAUACAAAAUACAGGCAUGCAACCUUAAAAUGCUUUAAAUUCUCAAAUACAUUUUUUUACCUUACAAAAACAGACUUUUAUUUUCAACAAGCUCAUAUUGAACACUGUCAUUUUUCUUUAAUUUCAGUUUUUUAUCAUAUUCUGGUAAGAAACCUUGUUUUUUGAUGUGCUUUUGUUAUAUUUGCUGUUGAUGCUUUAUGCUAUUAAUCUGUGUUUACCUGUUGUCUUGAUAAAUUCAGUAUAUGAUGUUCACAGCACUAAGACACAUACAGUAUGUGCAGAAAGUGUUGAGUUGACACAGUUAAAGAUUAUUUCAAAUCUAACAAUUUUAAUAAUAAUAA